CGACAACCAGUCUUCAAUCCUUCGAUCAACACGAUGCGACUCAUGACAACACACAAUAUCGCCCUGCGAGUAGCGUUCCACCCAACGUAUAUGGAAACCAGCAAAUGAACCCAAAUUGGCGGCCCCUCGAGCCACUAUUACAAGUGGCACAGCAUGUUAGCCAGCAAAACGCCAUGACUGUCGAGCAGCAGAUGCAAAUGGCCGCAAUGCCUGCGGCCGAUGGGACGUCUUCACAAGGAAUCGCGAACGGUGGUCCUCAGUCUGGACAAACAUAUGAUCAGAGCCUUCUCGCGCUUCAAGUAGCUUUGGGACAAGCGCCACCGUCAGCACCAAGCGUAUCCGAAGUAGACGAGAAGAAAAAGAAGGGCUCCGCAUACACCGCCACUAAUGACAAAGAGCUCCGCGAAAUGCUGGUCCGUAAUGAUGGACGCGCCUUGAAGGAAGUUGCAGCUGAAGUCAUUGCAACGGAGAGGACUCCAAAGGCCGAAAAGUCGAAACAGUUGUUUGCGAUGCUAUGGCUGAAAUCUACAUGCCGGUCUGCAAAGAAUUCCGUUCCACGCAACCGCGUUUACUCUCACUAUGCGGAGCGGUGUGGAACGGAGCGAGUUAUCCCCUUAAACCCAGCUUCCUUCGGCAAGCUUGUCCGUGUCAUAUUCCCUGGUAUCCAAACCAGACGACUUGGAGUAAGAGGAGAGUCUAAAUAUCACUAUGUAGAUCUCGCUCUCGUCGACGACAGCCAGGACCUCGGUGAAGCAGAGCGACCACAAGAGAUGCAACGAGCUGCGAGCCAGCCCAUUCGCCAAGGCUCUACGAGUAAUCGUAUAGACUUCAAUACCAUGCCACGGCUGCCCGCAGAUACUGCCGUUUUUCCGCCCCAAGAGAACGUUUUUGACCUCCCCACUCCCGAGAUUCCCAGUGCUGCAUCAUCGAAAGGCCGGUUGUUCGCAGACACUACUGCACCUCGGUUUAAAACUACUGGUCCGACGUCUGAUAUGUACUCGUACGAUCUGAAGUUCCCCUCUCCAGACCAAACCUCUCCAGAAGAGAAUGUACACAUUGAACUGCCCGAUAUUCGCGACUACCUACCAGCCAAGACCGACCCGGAUGCUGCGCAGGCACUGACGGCGCUGUACCGAACCCACUGCACAUCACUGAUUGACUCUAUCCGUUAUUGCAAGGAGAAACAAUUCUAUCGUCUGUUCGCUUCUUUCCAUGGCACUUUGACUGUCCCGGUUCAGAAGCUAUUCGCACAUCCCGACAUCGCGCCAUGGGUCAAAGAAUGCGACUGGAUGAUGUACCAAAAGAUGAUUCGCAACGUCUCCCAACUUACAUUGCAGGUAGCGCCGCCGGCAGUGUUACAUGUCUUGGACAAGAUUUCAAAAACGCUCCACGCUCAUAUCAGCAAAGUUUUCCAAGGAUUACCAUUACAUGUUCUUGAAGCCCGGCUAGAACCCGCAACCCUUUUCGCGCAUCUGUUGCGCCGAAUGCUGCGAGUGAACUCUGCAGCACAUGCCGCUGCUGUUAUGCUCCUCGCCGACCAAAACCGCGAUGCUAUGUGGGAGGAUUGGACGAACUUUGUCAAUGUCAAGCAGAUAAUAGAAAGCCAGCUCCCUGACUGCGGAUACGAGGAAGUUUACAGUAUCUUGACAAAAGAAAUCAGGGGCCUAUUACUACCUCUAAACAAGCGUAUAUGGCUCAACGACGGAUCAUACUACCCAGAACCUAUCAACGACCCGAACGUCACGAAUGUUUCCAACGACACCGUUAUCGAUCGGCUAGCGGCCUUCCUUAGUGGUCUCCCUUCUAGAUUCCCUCAUGCGAACACGCGCACACUUCUUUACUGCAUCAAUGCUCUAAGUACUGCAGUAAUUCGGGAAAUUACAGUGGAAAACGGGACGAGCUAUGGUUCAUGGUGGAUUACAAAAGUGUUCAUCGACGAAAUGUGCCAAUGGCUUGCUUCCCUAGGAGGCUUCCUUGACCACAAGCCGCCGACGAUCCAUCGGCUGAGCUAUUCCCCAGGAGUGAUGGACGGACCCCUCGAUUCGACCAUGAUGAAUGGAGGUAGCGGGAGCAACAAUGAUAGCCGGUACAGCAGCAUUGGGGCUGAUUUCAACAACACCCAAAGCUUCGUCAGCAUGGGUGACGACACAAUCCACACGACGGCGACUCCUGCCUCCACUGAUAUGAACGCCCAAAGGUAUCAAGAACAUUACAAUCGAACCGAUUUCGGGCUAGACCUGAAUCUCGACACCUCCCAGCCCGAGCCAGACCACGACGACAGUGGCAUCGGCAUGUCCGGACUGCUGGACGACGGUAUGGACCUGAAAUACUCCAUGGCGCAAGGGCCCAACAGUUCCCACUUCACCAGCGUUUCUACCGACAUCAGGUAGCAGAGCCGCUCCACGCGCCCGGCCUUGAACAUGGAAGCCUCUCUUUCGCCCUGCGACUAACGACAACCCUGUCUUGCAACGCCCAGCAAAACGACGAGCUGUACUCUGAACGCCUCAGAUGCCUCUACAAUCACGCGACCACGAAUGCCUCCGACGAUAUGACCUCAAAAGGAAUGGGGUCCAACUAUAGAAGAAGGGGGAAAUACCCGUCGUCUUUGCGUCAGCCUUUUCUUGAUACCUUGGACUCUUGUUUUACAUCUUUCUAAUCCUGGCACGUUGGCAAAGCCGUUGAGAUCCGAUUAUGUGGUGGAAGUAUCCAUUUCUGCUUCCAUUUGGAUUUCACGGAAUAUCGCUGUGCUAUUUUCCCUUUCUCUUCUUUCUUUCUUCUCCUUCUUCGAUUUGGGUUUGCGGCUUUCUUUUCAGGAUACCGGGACUGGGUGGGCAGCGCAUCCUGUGGCGUUCU